AUAUAUUUAUGUCAGAUUUAUCUUUUUUCAUCUAUAUAGAUGAUAAUAUAUACAUAAAGCGAAAUAAAGUGCAUUAUACAUAAAAUAAAUAUUAAUUGUGAUUGUAAAAAAUUGAAUAAUUGAAAUUCCAGUAUUGAGGUAAAAAUUAAAUUCUUUAGAAUUAUUUUGGAAUAAAAUAUUAGAAAAGAAAUGCUACGUUAAUUAAAUAAAUUAAUAAAUUUUGUAAUUGUUAAUAGUUAAUAAAUAAAAAUUAGAUUCGUAAAAAGUAAGAGCGCUAUCAUCGCAAUAGUGAUUAAAUUGUAGGAGCUGAACGGAAGGAGUCGCGCAAAACAACACGGAACGUUAUAAGACGUGGUUUAGUGUUAUUUCGUUGGGAACAUUAUUUUUUUGAAUUUUUGUCGUUUUAGAAAUGUAAAUAAAGCAUAAUUAAUAAUAUCAAUUUGAAAAGUAUUUUAAUUGAACAGAGAUUGAUUAAAAGAAAAAAAAGUGAGGUGUGAGAUAUAUAAAUUAAACAAAAUGUCUGAAAAUGUUGAGGAAGUUAUCGAAGAAGAAAAUUCAGUUACAAUGUUAGAUGUACUUCGAGAAGAGAAUCAAUUAGAAGAAGAUGCGUAUGCGGUUUUGGGUGCAUCUGAUGACAAAAAUUGUACUUAUAGCAAGGGUUAUACACGACAAGCCCUUUAUGCAUGCAAAACUUGUUGUCAGAAAUCAAUGCGAGCAGCAAUAUGUCUUGCUUGUAGUUUUCAUUGUCAUGAAGGUCAUGAACUUAUUGAAUUAUAUACUAAAAGACAUUUUAGAUGUGACUGUGGCAAUUCGAAGUUUGGGGAGAAAAAAUGUAAUCUAGAUGCUUCAAAGGAUUCAAUAAAUUCUGAAAAUCAAUAUAACCAUAACUUUGAUGGUCUUUAUUGUAUUUGUGAAAGACCAUAUCCAGAUCCAGAUGAUACUGUCAAUGAUGAAAUGUUACAAUGUAUAAUCUGUGAGGAUUGGUAUCAUUCAAAGCAUUUAGAAUGCGAAAAGGAAAUGCCAGCAGAUGCUGCAUAUGAUGAAAUGAUUUGUGCUGGUUGUAUGAGACAGAAUGAUUUUCUUUGGAAUUAUGCCAAGAAAUAUACAGUGACAGAUGGUUCUAAUGGGGAUAAAGAAGAUGAUGAAUCAAUUAAUGUUGAAAACCAAUUGAAAGAAUGUACAAUGCCAAGAAAUAAUUCUGCAAAAAGAAUACCAUCACAAGGAAGUUGUUUUUGGAUAGAAGGAUGGAGAGCUGCUCUGUGUACUUGUAAAACAUGCAAAGAACUUUACCGAGAGAAAAAUAUCGCAUUUCUUCUUGAUCCAACGGAUAGCGUACAUGCUUACGAGGAAGCUGGUAAAAUUAAUAGCCGAGAAUCGCAAUAUGAAAAGGGUAUGAAAGCCCUUGCUUCUUUAGGUCAUGUUGAACAAAUGACGGCUAUCGAAGAAUAUAAUAAUAUGAAGGAACGAUUGAAACGAUAUUUGCAAAAAUUUGCUGAAAAUAAAAAAGUCGUACGAGAAGAAGAUAUAAAGGAAUUUUUCUCAGAAAUGGAAUCGAAGAAACGACCAAAAGUUGUGAUACCUACAUAUUGCCGUUGAAAUGUAUUAAUUGAAUAUUAUGGAAAUUUUUCGUUUCUAAUAGAAACAAAAAGUCGAUGUAUUGCAAAUACUAUUACAAGUAAUAUGUUCUACUUUUAUAUAUUUCGUUUAUUGCAAAGCUUAGUUGCGUGAUACUAAAUUAUUUCGGAUGUAAUUCUAUAUUGAAGUUUAAAUGUAACUUCCAAUAAAUCAUAACCUUUUUUCGAUAUGAAAAAACAAAAAAGAAAAAGGAAAAUGGAAGGCAAAAAAAAGCAUUUAAUUAUUUUUAAGAAACCUUGAUUUUGAUUUAUCUUUAACGUUCGAUGAUAUAAUUCAAUUCUUGAUCAUAUUUAAUUUACGGAUAAAGACAAUUUGUUAAGAUAUGUAAAAUACGAAGAAAGAAUAUCGAAAAUAUUGUAAAUACAAUAUAACUAAUAAGAUUCAAUAACAGAAAUAUUAUACAUAUUUCUAAAAAAAUUUUAAUGUGUUAUAACAACGAAAAACAAAAAGAAUAAAAGGAACAAGUAAGUAACAAUUCAAUAUCUUGCGAUGAAAUAGUCAAUAAAAUUUUCGAAGAACGAACUAUUUAAUUUGUUCAACGAAUUUUCAUUACAUUGCAGAAACUGUUGAUUCAUCAUGCAAUUGUAAUGGUAUCACCAAAACCGGCUGCGUAGGAUUUGGUUUGUCCGUAUAGAUAGACCAGGUUUUUUUGAUACAGUCAAAGAUACCUAUAUUUGUAUAAAUAUUUGAUCGAUACUUUUUAUGAUAAUGAUAAUUUAGUCACAUAAAAGAAGAAAAAAAACAAAUAAAUCAAAAAACCUACCGGUUGCUAUGGUUUUCA